CGGAGGGGCAGAGCGGAGGGGCAGAGCGGGCAGCUGGUGAACGUCCCAACCUGGGCUUUCGCUCCCUGGCUCUGAGGACUCAUAGCGCCUGGGCCAAUACUUCACAGCGAGGCGGCCCAGAGCCGCAGCCGAUCCACACCGCAGCUGCUGGGGAGCAUGGCCUAAGGGCGGCUCUGCCACUGAUCGGUGGUGGCCGACUUUCCCAAGGGACCUUGGAGAUCCAGAGCCAUUUCCAGGGGGAAGAUGAAUCCCUCCAGGCUUGUGAGUCUGCUGCUUGCUGUAGCCUUCACCUGGCCAGGGACCCCCUGCGCGGAAAAGACUCCGGGCAGGCCCUCCACGGGCCGGUGUAGCCUGUUCGGGGAAGCCUUCAUCAACACCUUUGAUGGCACCAUGUACAGCUUUGCAGGAGACUGUAGUUACCUCCUAGCUGGGGACUGUCAGAAACGCUCCUUCUCCAUUCUCGGGAACUUCCAAAACGGCAAGAGAGUGAGCCUCUCUGUGUAUCUUGGGGAGUUUUUUGACAUCCAUUUGUUUGCCAAUGGUUCUGCGAUGCAGGGGGACCAAAGCAUCUCUGUGCCCUAUGCCUCCCAGGGGCUGUUCCUGGAGACCGAGGCUGGGUAUUACAAGCUGUCCAGCGAGGCCUAUGGCUUCGUGGCCAGAAUCGACGGCAACGGUAACUUCCAAGUCGAGCUGCCAGGCAGACACUUCAACAAGACCUGCGGGCUGUGUGGCGACUUUGAUGUCUUUGCUGAGGAUGACUUUAGGACUCAAGAAGGGACCUUGACCUCAGACCCCUAUGACUUUGCCAACUCUUGGGCCCUGAGCAGUGGGCAGCAGCCUUGCAAACGAGCCUCACCUCCCAGUAACCCGUGCAAGGGUGCCUCAGAAGAAGUCCAACAGGCCCUGUGGGAGCGCUGCCAGCUCCUGAAGAGCGCCUCGGUGUUUGCCCGCUGCCACCCGCUGGUGGACCCCGAGCCCUUCGUGGAGCUGUGCGAGGAGAGCCCGUGCGCCUGCGCCCGGGGCCCCGCGUGCGCCUGCGCCGCCCUCCUCGAGUACGCCAGGACCUGCGCCCAGCGGGGGCUGGUGCUGCGCGGCUGGGCCGCCCACAGCGCCUGCCGCCCAGUGUGCCCUGUUGGCAUGGAGUAUAAGGAGUGCGUGUCCCCUUGCCCCAGAACCUGCCAGAGCCAGCCCAUCGAUGAAGUCUGCCAGCAGCAAUGUGUGGAUGGCUGCGUCUGCCCGGAGGGACAGCUCCUUGAUGAAGACCACUGUGUGCAGAGCUCCGCGUGCUCCUGUGUGCAUUCUGGGAAACGGUACCCGCCCGGCACCUCCCUCUCUCAAGACUGCAACACCUGCAUCUGCCGAGACAGCCUGUGGAUCUGCAGCAACGAGGAAUGUCCUGGGGAGUGUCUCGUCACCGGCCAAUCCCACUUCAAAAGCUUUGAUGACAGGUAUUUUACCUUCAGUGGGAUCUGCCACUACCUGCUGGCCCGGGACUGCCAGGAUCACUCUUUCUCCAUCGUCAUAGAGACGGUGCAGUGUGCUGAUGACCCGGAUGCUGUCUGCACACACUCAGUCACCGUGCGGCUGCCCGCCCUGCACAGCAGCCUCGUGAAGCUCAAGUACGGAGGAGACGUCGCCAUAGAUGGCCGGGAUGUCCGGGUCCCCCUUCAGCAAGGUGACCUCCGCAUCCGGCAGGUGAUGAUGUCCUCUGUACGCCUCAGCUACGGGGAGGACCUGCAGCUGGACUGGGACGGCCGUGGACGCCUGCUGGUGAAGCUGUCCCCAGUCUACGCCGGGAAGACCUGCGGCCUGUGCGGGAAUUACAACGGCGACAGGGGCGAUGACUUCCUCACGCCCGCGGGGCUGGCGGAGGCCCUGGUGGUGGACUUCGGCAACGCCUGGAAGCUGCGCGCCGACUGCCAGGACCUGGCCAGGCAGCCCAGCGACCCGUGCAGCCUGAACCCGCGCCUGACCAAGUUUGCCGAGGAGGCGUGUGCACUGUUGACGUCCUCCAAGUUCGAGACCUGCCACCGCGCCCUGGGCCCUGGGCCCUUUGUGCAGAACUGCCGCUUCGACGUCUGCUCCUGCGCCGACGGCCGGGAUUGCCUGUGCAGCGCCGUGGCCAGCUAUGCCCAGGCCUGUGCCCGGAGAGGCAUACACAUCGGGUGGCGUGAGCCAGACUUCUGUGCGCUGAGCUGCCCGCAGGGCCACGUGUUCCAGCAGUGUGGGGCGCCCUGCAACCUGACCUGUCGCUCCCUGUCUUACCCGGAUGAGGAGUGCGACGAUGACUGUCUUGAGGGCUGCUUCUGCCCGCCCGGCCUUUACCAGGACGAAAGGGGGGACUGUGUGCCCAAGGCCCAGUGCCCCUGUUACUACGAUGGCGAGAUCUUCCAGCCCGGAGACAUCUUCUCAGAUCAUCACACCAUGUGCUACUGUGAGGAUGGCUUCAUGCACUGCACCUCGAGUGGGGUCCCAGGGAGUCUGUUGCCGGACGCUGUCCUAGGCAGUCCCCUGACACACCGCAGCAAAAGGAGCCUGUCCUGUCGGCCACCCAUGGUCAUGUUGCUGUGCCCCGCUGACAACCCACGGGCUGAAGGGCUGGAGUGUGCCAAGACGUGCCAGAACUAUGACCUGGAAUGCAUGAGCCUGGGCUGCGUCUCCGGCUGCCUUUGCCCACCAGGCAUGGUGCGGCAUGAGAACAGGUGUGUGGCCCUGGAAAGAUGCCCCUGCUUCCACCAGGGCAAAGAGUACGCCCCAGGAGACACAGUGACGAUCAACUGCAACACCUGUGUCUGUCGGGACCGGAAGUGGAACUGCACGGAUCACGUGUGCGACGCCACGUGCUCUGCCAUCGGAAUGGCCCACUACCUCACCUUUGACGGACUCAAGUACAUGUUCCCUGGAGAGUGCCAGUAUGUUUUGGCACAGGAUUACUGUGUCAGUAGCUCUGGGACCUUUCGGAUCCUGGUGGGGAAUGUGGGGUGCAGCUAUCCUUCAGUGAAAUGUAAGAAGCGGGUUACCAUCCUGAUGGAAGGAGGGGAGAUUGAGCUGUUUGACGGUGAGGUGCACGUGAAGGCGCCCAUGAGAGAUGAAUCCCACCUUGAGGUGGUGGAGUCUGGCCGCUACGUCCUUCUGCUGCUGGGCCGAGGCGUGUCGGUGCUCUGGGACCGUCACCUCAGCGUUUCCGUGGCUCUGAAGCAGACCUUCCAGGAGCGUGUGUGUGGCCUGUGUGGGAAUUUUGACGGCAACCAGAACAAUGACCUCACCAGCAACACCCUCCAGGUGGAGGAGGACCCCGUGGACUUCGGGGACUCCUGGAAAGUGAGCCCACAGUGUGCCAACACGAGGAAGGUGCCGCUGGACAAGUCCCCGGCCACCUGCCACGACAAUAUCCUGAAGCAGACGAUGGUGGACUCAUACUGCCGGACCCUCACCAGUGACAUUUUCCAGGACUGCAACAAGCUGGUGGACCCCGAGCCAUACCUAGACAUCUGCAUUUAUGACACUUGCUCCUGCGAGUCCAUCGGGGACUGCGCCUGCUUCUGUGACACCAUUGCCGCCUACGCCCACGUGUGCGCCCAGCAUGGCCAGGUGGUGGCCUGGAGGACAGCCACGCUGUGUCCCCAGAGCUGCGAGGAGAGGAACGUUCGGGAGAGCGGCUACGCGUGUGAGUGGCGUUACAACAUCUGUGCGCCCGCCUGCCCCGUCACAUGCCAGCGCCCCGAGCCGCUGGCCUGCCCUGUGACGUGCGUGGAGGGCUGCCACGCACACUGCCCUCCAGGGAAAAUUCUGGACGAGCUUCUGCAGACCUGUGUGGACCUGAGCGACUGCCCCGUGUGUGAAGUGGCCGGCCGGCGCUUGGCCCCAGGGAGGAAGAUCACCUUGAACCCCGAUGACCCCGCCCAUUGCCAGACUUGUCACUGUGAUGGUGUUAACCUCACCUGUGAAGCCUGCCGGGAACUUGGGGGCCUAGUGGUGCCCCCCACGGAUGCCUCGCUCAGCUCAACCACGCCCUACGUGGAGGACACCCCCGAGCCGCCCCUGCAUGACUUCUACUGCAGCAAGCUGCUGGAUCUGGUCUUCCUGCUGGAUGGCUCCUCCAGGCUGUCCGAGGCCGAGUUUGAGGUGCUCAAGGCCUUCGUGGUGAGCACGAUGGAGAGGUUGCACAUCUCCCAGAAGCGCAUCCGCGUGGCCGUGGUCGAGUACCACGACGGCUCCCACGCCUACGUCGAGCUUAGGGCCCGGAGGCGGCCCUCGGAGCUACGCCACCUUGCCAGCCAGGUGAAGUAUGCGGGCAGCCAGGUGGCCUCCACGAGUGAGGUCUUGAAGUACACCCUCUUCCAGAUCUUCGGCAAGGUUGACCGGCCCGAAGCCUCCCGCGUCGCGCUGCUCCUCACCGCCAGCCCGGAGCCCCCACGCAUGGCGCGCAACCUGGUCCGUUACGUCCAGGGCUUGAAGAAGAAGAAGGUCACCGUGAUCCCCGUGGGCAUCGGGCCGCACGCCAGCCUCCGGCAGAUCCGUCUCAUUGAAAAGCAGGCGCCCGAGAACAAGGCCUUCUUGCUUAGCGGCGUCGACGAGCUGGAGCAGCGGAGGGACGAGAUCGUCGGCUACGUCUGCGACCUUGCCCCCGCCCCGACCCAGCCCCCCCGCAGGGCACAAGUCACCGCGAGUCCGGGGUCCCCGGCGAGCUCAUCGCCGGCGGCCAAGAGGGACACCAUGGUUCUGGACGUGGUGUUUGUCCUGGAAGGGUCGGACCACGUGGGUGAAGCCAACUUCAACAAGAGCAAGGAGUUUGUGCAGGAGGUGAUCCGGCGCAUGGACGUGGGCCGGGAUGGCGUCCACGUCGCCGUGUUGCAGUUCUCCUACGCGGUGACCGUGGAGCACGCCUUCGGUGAGGUCCAGUCCAAGGGGGACGUGCUGCAGCAUGUGCAAGAGAUCCCCUACCGGGGCGGCAACAGUACCAACACCGGGCUGGCCCUCCAGUACCUCGCGGAACGUGGCUUCACUGCCGGCCAUGGGGACCGGGAGCAGGCGCCCAACCUCGUGUACAUGGUCACGGGAAACCCCGCCUCCGACCAGAUCAGGCGUCUGCCCGGGGACAUCCAGGUGGUGCCCAUUGGCGUGGGCCCCCAUGCCAACCAGCAGGAACUGGAGGAGAUUGGUUGGCCCAAUGCUCCCAUCUUCAUCCGGGACUUUGAGACGCUUCCCCGGGAGGCCCCUGACCUGGUGCUACAGAGAUGCUGCUCUGGGGCGGGCUUGCAGCUGCCCACCCUCCCAACUGUCCCCGACUGCAGCCAGGCCCUGGAUGUGGUCCUGCUUCUGGAUGGUUCCUCGGGUCGGCCGGCAGCUGACUUCGACGAGAUGAAGGGUUUUGCCAAGGCUCUCAUUUCUAAGGCAAGCAUCGCGCCUCACCUCACUCAGGUGUCCGUGCUGCAGUACGGGAGCAUCGCCACCAUCGACGUCCCGUGGAACGUGGCCCAGGACAAAGCCCACUUGCUGAGUCUUGUGGACCUCAUGCAGCAGGAGGGAGGCCCCAGCCUCAUUGGGGACGCUUUGGCUUUUGCUGUGCGGUAUGUGACUUCACAAGUGCACGGGGCCCGGCCCGAGGCCUCCAAGGCUGUGGUCAUCCUCGUCACGGGUCCCUCCGCGGACUCAGUGGACGCAGCCGCUGACGCUGCCAGGUCCAACCGAGUGAUGGUGAUCCCCAUUGGCAUCGGGGAUCGGUACGAGGAAGGCCAGCUGAGGGUCUUGGCAGGCCCAGAGGCCAACUCCAACGUGAUAAGGCUUCAGCGCAUCGACGACCUCCCUGCCACCUUGGGCAACUCCUUCUUCCACAAACUGUGUUCGGGGUUUGUUAGGAUUUGCAUGGAUGAAGAUGGAAAUGAGAAGAGGCCUGGAGACGUCUGGACCUUGCCAGACCAGUGCCACACGGUGACAUGCCUGCCGGAUGGGCAGACCUUGCUGAAGAGCCAUCGGGUCAACUGUGACCGGGGACCCCGGCCUUCGUGCCCCAGCAGCCUGUCCCCUGUUCGGGUGGAGGAGACCUGUGGCUGCCACUGGACAUGCCCCUGUGUGUGCGUAGGCAGCUCCACUCGGCACAUCGUCACCUUUGACGGGCAGAACUUCAAGUUGACAGGCAGCUGCUCCUAUGUCCUGUUUCAAGACCCGGAGCAGGACCUGGAGGUGAUUCUCCACAACGGAGCCUGCAGCCCUGGGAUGAGGCAGACCUGCAUGAAAUUCAUUGAGUUGAAGUACGCCAGCCUCUCGGUUGAGCUCCACAGUGACAUGGAGGUGGCAGUGAACGGGAGGCUCGUCUCUGUCCCGUAUGUGGCUGGGGACGUGGAAGUCAGCAUCUACGCCGUUAUCAUGCAUGAAGUCAGAUUCACCCGCCUGGGCCACAUCUUUACAUUCACUCCUCCAAACAACGAGUUCCAAUUGCAGUUGAGCCCCAAGACCGCGGCGUCACGCACGCACGGUGGUCUCUGUGGAACCUGUGAUGAGAACGGGGCCAACGACUUCAUGCUGCGUAACGGCACGGUCACCGCCGCCUGGAAGACGCUGGUCCAGGACUGGACUGUGCAGCAGCCGGGGUCUCUGUGCCAGCCUGUGCCCGAGGAGCCGUGUCCUGUCUCUGACGUCUCCCGCUGCCAGGUCCUCCUGUCGGCAGUGUUUGCUGAGUGCCAUAAAGUCCUUGCCCCCGCCACAUUUUAUGCCAUCUGCCAGCAGGAUGGCUGCCACCGAGAGCAAGUUUGUGAAGUGAUCGCCUCUUAUGCCCACCUCUGUCGGGCCAAUGGGGUCUGUGUUGACUGGAGGACACCUGAUUUCUGUGCUAUGCCGUGCCCACCAUCUCUGGUGUACAGUCACUGUGAGCAGGGCUGUCCCCGGCACUGCGAUGGCAACGCGAGCUCCUGUGGGGACCGCCCCCUGGAAGGCUGCUUCUGCCCCCCGCACCAGGUCCUGCUGGAAGGCAGCUGUGUCCCCGAGGGGGCCUGUACCCAGUGCGUCGCCGAGGACGCCGUCCAGCAUCAGUUCCUGGAGACCUGGAUCCCAGACCACCAGCCCUGUCAGCUCUGCACAUGCCUCAGCGGGAGGAAGAUCAACUGCACAUCACAGCCCUGCCCCACGGCCAGAGCUCCCGCAUGCGGUCCGUGCGAAGUCGCCCGUCCCAGGAAGGACGCGGGCCAGUGCUGCCCCGAAUAUGAGUGUGUGUGUGACCUGGUGAACUGCGACCUGCCCGUGGUGCCUUCCUGUGAAGGAGGUCUCCAGCCAACCCUGACUAACCCUGGGGAAUGUAGACCCACCUACACCUGCGCCUGCAGAAAGGAGGAGUGCCCGACUGUGUCCCCACCCGCCUGUCCCCCGCACCGGACGCCCACCCUCCGGAAGAGCCAGUGCUGCGAUGAGUACGACUGUGCCUGCAGCUGUACCAACUCCACCGCGAGCUGCCCGCUCGGGUACCUGUCCUCGGCCACCACCAACGACUGUGGCUGCACCAGCGUCACCUGCGUCCCCGACAAGGUUUGUGUCCACCGAGGCACCAUCUACCCUGUGGGCCAGUUCUGGGAGGAGGGCUGCGACGUCUGCACCUGCACGGACACGGAAGACGCUGUGAUAGGCCUGCGGGUGGCCCAGUGCUCUCAGAAGCCCUGUGAGGACAGCUGCCGGCCGGGCUUCUCCUACGUCCUCCAUGAAGGCGAGUGCUGUGGAAGGUGCCUGCCAUCUGCCUGUGAGGUGGUGGCCGGCUCACCACGAGGGGACUCUCAGUCUUACUGGAAGAGUGUCGGCUCUCACUGGACUUCCCCUGAGGACCCCUGCCUCGUCAACGAGUGUGUCCGAGUGAGGGAGGAGGUCUUUGUGCAGCAGAGGAAUGUCUCCUGCCCUCAGCUGGAAGUCCCUUCCUGUCCCACAGGCUUCCGUCUGAGCUGUAAGACCACAGGGUGCUGCCCCAGCUGCGGCUGCGAGCCCAUGGAGGCCUGUUUGCUCAAUGGCACCAUCAUCGGGCCCGGGAAGAGCGUGAUGGUCGACCUGUGCACAGUCUGCCGGUGCACCGUGCAGGUGGGAGCCGUCUCUGGAUUCAAGCUGGAGUGCAGGAAGACCACCUGUGAGGCCUGCCCCCUGGGCUAUGAGCCAGAGAAGAGCCACAGCGAAUGCUGUGGGAGAUGUUUGCCUACAGCCUGCAGCAUUCAGCUGAGAGGAGGACAGACCGUGACGCUGAAGCGUGAUGAGACACUCCAAGAUGGCUGCGACAGUCACUUUUGCAAGGUCAACGAGAGAGGGGAGUACGUCUGGGAAAAGACAGUCACGAGCUGCCCACCCUUUGAUGAGCACAGAUGUCUCGCUGAAGGAGGGAAAGUCAUGACGAUUCCAGGAACGUGCUGUGACACCUGUCAGGAGCCCGACUGCAAAGAUAUCACUGCCAGGCUGCAGUAUGUUAAAGUGGGAGACUGUAAGUCCCAAGAGGAAGUGGACAUUCAUUAUUGCCAGGGAAAAUGCGCCAGCAAGGCCGUGUACUCCAUCGACACGGAGGAUGUGCAGGAGCAGUGUUCCUGCUGCUCGCCCACGCAGACGGUGCCCAUGCGGGUGCCCUUGCUUUGCGCCAACGGCUCCGUGGUGUACCACGAGGUCCUGAAUGCCAUGCAGUGCAGGUGUUCCCCCAGGAAGUGCGCCAAGUGAGGCCUGCUGGAGCUGCUGCGGGUGCCCGCCUCUGCCCCUCGCGGGCCGACCGGCCAGGGUGCUGCCCGGGCCUUUGGACACCCGCCCCCCCCCCCCCCGUUCUUUAUCACGUGAUAAUAAACAGAAGCUUUCAUCUUA